AUGUGCGGGAUCUGGGGAAUGCUUGGGGCGGUGGGUGGUGUGAGUCCCCGCGAGCAGGGUCUCUUUCUUCGAAUCGUCGGCCGAGGCCCAGAUCUCACCGUGCUCACCCAACCUCACCCAGGUGUCCACCUCGGUUUCCACCGGCUCGCCAUCGUCAUGCCAGGGGAUACGCCAAGCGAGCAGCCGAUCGUCGGAGCUGGGCUGUCGGUAGUCUGCAAUGGAGAACUGUACAACCAUGCAGCCAUUAAGGCCGGUUCUCCUCUGCAACUGUCAAAUAACGGUUCCGACUGUGCGGCCAUCAUCCAUGCAUUCCACAAGACGGGCCGCAAUCUUAGUGAGGCGUGCGCGAUGCUUGACGGUGUGUUCGCCUUUCUGAUGUCGGACGAGGAAUGCGUGUAUGUGGGCCGAGAUCCGCUCGGCGUACGACCCCUAUUUUAUGGAUAUACCCAAGAGGGCCACCUACUCUUUGGAUCCGAGGCGAAGAGCAUCGUAGACGUGUGUGUCCGGGUUGAAUAUUUCCCUCCGGGUUCCUGUGCCACGAUUCGGAUGAUAGAUGGCCGUCCUCAGCCCUUUAAGCCCCAGAAAUACUACACUGUUCCCCCGCAUGCAGACCGGUUCGUCACGCAAGAGCAAGCUCAGACGUUGAUCCGGGACAUGCUGGUGAGCAGUGUUGAGAAGCGGUUGAUGGGAAAUAGGCAUUUUGGGUUCAUGCUGUCUGGAGGUCUCGAUUCCUCUCUCGUUGCCGCCAUCGCCACAAAGGCCCUCAAGCACAAGCCGGUGGCCUUCUCCGUAGGCUUCGAAGAUUCUCCAGAUUUGGAGAAUGCCCGGCACGUCGCCCAAUUCCUCGAUAUUCCACAUGUUGUGCACGUCAUCACCCCACAGGACUGUCUCGACAUCAUUCCCGAAGUCAUAUAUGCCCUGGAGACGUACGAGCCGGCAAUUGUGCGAUGUGGAAUUGCCCACUAUCUGCUUUGUCGACACAUCGCCCAGGUGUCAGAUGUGAAGGUGCUUUUGUCAGGCGAAGGAGCGGACGAGCUGUUUGGCUCCUAUGCGUACAUGCAGAAGGCCCCCUCAGCCUUCCACGUUCACCAGGAAAUCCAUCGCCGGCUGGCCCUCCUCCAUCAGUACGAUGUGCUCCGUUCCGAUCGCGCUACCUCGUGCCAUGGCCUCGAGAUUCGAGUCCCAUUUCUCGACAAGAAGUUCAUCGAUCUGGUCGUUCGUCUCCCACCUCAAUACAAACUACAGCCCCAACGUGUCGAGAAACACAUCCUUCGGGCCGCCUUUGAAGACUGGCUACCCCGAGAGGUGCUUUGGCGCAGCAAGGAAGGUUUCGGCGAGGCUCUAGGGAAACAUGAUCUCGGGGAGAUUGUGAAUGCACACUGCAAUACCAUCAUCUCUGACAAGCGUUUCGCCGCCCGACAUGCUUUAUUCCCCGAUCGGACGCCCGAGACAAAAGAAGAGUUCUGGUACCGGGAGCUAUUCGAGAAGGUCUACGGCUCGGAUCGGAUGGGACACAUUAUUCACACAAAAGUCUACAGGACAGCCGCUUGGCAGCUAGAAGAAAAGGAGAACCACACCGAGACCCCUUCGCGACUGGCCCCGGCAAGAGCCGAUGAAGUGCUUCGACUUCGGAGACGAUCUACCGGCUCCACGACGCUGGCUGGGGUAGCA